AUGGCUUCGGAACAGGAAAAGAACAGACAGCGUGUCAAACAGCUCCUGGAGAGACCAGGGAAUGGAAACUGUGCCGAUUGCAGAGCAGCAGACCCGGAGUGGGCAUCGUACACUCUGGGAGUGUUUGUGUGUCAGAGCUGCUCUGGCCUGCACAGAAACAUUGCUCAGGUCAGCAAGGUCAAAUCCCUCCUGCUGGAUCCCUGGAGCUCCUCUGAGUUAGAGUUUAUGGAGUCUGUAGGGAACAGCACAGCUAAGGCCAAAUAUGAACAGAAAGUUCCUGACUUCUUCUACUGUCCCACAUAUAAAGACUGCCUCCUCCUGCGGGACCAGUGGAUCCGAGCCAAAUAUGACAGGAAGGAGUUUUUGUGUGUGGAGAGGCAGGAGGCUUACUCUGCAGGGUACAGGGAAGGGUUUCUAUGGAAACGAGGAAGAGACAAUGGACAAUACCUCAGUCGAAAAUUUAUUCUGUCUGAACGCGAGGGUGUUCUGAAAUAUUUUAACAAGCAUGACGCCAGAGAGCCCAAAGCAAUAAUGAAGAUCAAUACUGUGAAUGCAACUUUCCAGCCAACUAAAAUCGGAACUGCUCAUGGACUGCAGAUAACCUAUUUGAAGGACAACAGCACCAGGAAUAUCUUUGUUUACCAUGAGGACGGGAAGGAAAUGGUGGACUGGUUCAAUGCCAUCAGAGCAGCCAGGUUUCAUUACCUUCAGGUGGCUUUUCCUGGGGCUCUGAACUCUGAAUUGUUACCAAAGCUAACCAGAAACUACAUUAAGGAGGGUUAUAUGGAGAAGACUGGUCCAAAGCACACAGAGGGCUUCAAGAAGAGAUGGUUCACUAUGGAUGACAGGAGGCUCAUGUACUUCAAAGAUCCACUGGACGCCUAUGCACGAGGUGAGGUGUUCAUUGGCAGUAAGGAAAACAGUUACACUGUGCUUCCUGGGUAUCCUCCCGGUGUUCAAGGCUACCAUUGGCAGUUUGGAAUUACAAUUGUUACACCGGAUAGGAAGUUCCUUUUUGCAUGCGAAACCGAAACGGAUCAGAAAGAGUGGAUUACAGCAUUUCAAACUGUCAUCAACAGACCAAUGAUGCCAAAAGAGUAUGCAGUAGAAGCAUAUUUUAAGCACAAGCCAUGA